AAUAGUCGAUGAGAAUCUACAUUAUUUCAAGGUGUUACACAGGUAAGUAUUAUUUUCGAUCUCUUGAAAUAACUCUCUUUAAUCUUUUCUCUCGUGUUUUUUUGAUAUUUUAAAGGGGAGUGCACAGUAAGGGUAUUAUCGACAUUCUUCGUUUUUCUUAAAUUCGUGGAAUAAAAACAACUCAAGUUUUCUGGAGCAUAAACUCGUGCUUAUUUCAUCUGGUAGCCGGCACUUUAUUUUGUUACUCAAUUCGAAUUUUUCAUUCAAUCAUGGUCCGCGGUGUUUUAUCAAACCAAUUCAGAAUUAGAAGGCCAGUUGUACGAUAAACCAUUUCAAACGCAAAUUAACUGCCGGAUUUUGGUGUCUCUACAACAAACCAUCUACAUCAAUGAUAUUUUGCAUUUGCAUACAGUUAUAAAUAAUGAAUUGUGGCCUCGCGCCCCGCGGGAAAACAGAAAGAAUAUGCCUCGUCUGCUGUUGCAAAAAACUCCUGCUUCUUUCUUGUUCUGCGAAAAGUUUUAAUUAACUGAUAUAUUCACGAUGUUAUUUUCAAGAGCACUGGACGUAAAACAGCAGCUCAUAAUUGCAAUCGAUCUCUGCUGCUGUUCAAGAGCGACUUUUCUCUUCAUCUGGAUUAUGAUCACGUAUGCGAGAAUCAUGGCGCCACAAUUCAUAAAAUCAGUCAAUAAAUUUGGAGUUUUUAGAAAUCGCGUCUCGUGCGUAGUCCAAAACUUAAGUACAAUUUGUUACCACUUCAAGCGAAUAUCGAGGGUUCUCAGAAAUUAAAAAAUUUCGUCUUUGUAUUCAAUAAGUUUAGGGCUCACCUCACUAAGUUUCCUUCACUUGGAAAGGAACCCACACAAUUUAAACUGGUAUGAAAAAUUCAUAAAAUUCGCUAUAAGUGUUUGAAAAAAGCAAAUUCUAACAAUCUAGGAUUCAAUGAAACCCUUCAAAUAAUUAAAAUUUAUCAAACAAGCAAAAAUGUUCCUCUAAAAGACAAUAUCUGUAAUUUGUUUCAUCGUAACAGUUGCUUAAAAUCACCUCCCUGUAUUCUUUUGGAUGUUUCUCACUCAUUAACAAGAUUUGACACUCAGUGACCUACUAUAAAGUCGGCUAGACUCAAAGGAGACAAGCGGAAUACUUAGGGUUUAAUAUUGCUUGUUGGACUUCGCAUCGAAAGAAUUGGGUUCGAGUCCAUGUCUGUUCUGUGUGUUGGGUUCUUUGUCGUUGCAUUAAACUCUCACUAUGCCUAUCUCCAUCCAGGAAUAUAAACGAAAAUAGAAAGCAAUAAUCUCUCCGAGACCUUUAAAACAAACUUUGAAACCAAAAUGACUUUAAUACCGACUGAAAUACAACUUAAUAUUCCAAAUUCUGUGGUAUUCAAAAUUAGUUUCUAGUGUUUCUAUAGAUUCUCGUCGCGUCCCUUUGCAAAUUGAUACUCGGGCUAAAUCCACUUGGAGUUUAUUUCGAACUACAUUCUAAGACAGACUCGCACAUGCAAAAUUUUGUGGAAGGCCCAUUGAAAUUACAACAGAAAUCAAGUUGUCGCUUUUUCUAAACAAUGCAUAAGUUUCCCACUUUCCCUUUUUUUCAACUGUUCAUCGAAUGAUGAGAUUAUUUUUGUUCAUGUAUUUUCACAAGCACAAUGUUGCUUCCGAGACAACUGCACCCGUAUGAAAUCGUUUGGCAACAUAUAGAUUGGAAUCACAAUAACCACAUUGAAUCUGAUGACAGUGCACUUUGAAACAACCAUUAUGAUUUCUAGCACCCAAUAUUUUCGGCGGGACUUAUCAGUCUUGAUAAGUCACUUGAAUGAUAUAUUUUUCCUAUAGAAAUGACAUCUAUGAAUGCUUGAUCAAUUUGAAUCUUUACGGCGCGCAACAGCUUCAUCUCGUGUGGUGCAAGCUGUGGCUUUAAGAGGCUAGAGGUUAUUCAUUCCUUGAUCACAGCAUGAAUGCAAAGAGCCCUUUACUAAUGCAAAGACCUUCAAAGGCAACUUUGGAACUGAUGUAACCUCCAGGCAAGUUUUCGUUUAGAUCUGCAAGUAGUACAUGAAGAAAAGGUUUUUCUUCUCAAAUCUUCAGCCCAGCUUAUGAGGUAAAUUCGUUAUUUUAACUUUACGAACAUUUAAGCACCUUCUUCGAAGUGAACACGAAUAUUUUUUAAUUAUUUAGUAAUGCCUAUCACCAAGAACAACACAGUUAGAUUCGACUUUCACGUUAAAAAACAAGGAACCAUUUUUGAAAACUUCCUACAGGGUUUCGCGGAUUCACAGAUGAUUUGUCCAAUCAGAGAGAGAAAUGUCGUGUGAACAUUUUGGGGUUGCUUAGUAGCCUAGAUGUUGCCAAGUAACGUGUUCGAUCAGAUUACUGAGUGAAUAUUUAGUGCCCGUAGUUCUGCUGACCGUCCUUUUCAGCUGACAUUACCAAUUAGGUGGAAAUCAUCAUUGAUCAAGACACUCCGGAAAAAAAAGAUAUUUGUUGUGAAAAACAGGAAAGCUUCCCUGGGAUAAGGAAAUCACUUUGGCAGAACACAAAUUUGACAAACUUGCAACUGUUUCUCAAUUGCAAUAAAUUUUUCCAUCUGCCCAGAAGUCGUCACCAAUCAAAUGCAAAUAAACAGUAUUUAUUCACUAUUUCCUGAGUGAUCUAUCCAUUAAUUAAAUUGAAAAUAUGAACCUUUUGCGCCAAAAAUAUAACUAUGUUUGUAUGGCCUGAGUCUGACAUUAUAAAUCACCUUCUACACCAGUUUCAAUUUUCAAAGGAUCCAUUUUCUCGGUGCCUCAAAGCUGUCCACAGUGGAUCAGAUAAAUCGAACGUCGCAAAUUUCUUUCAAUUAGUUGGCAUAUGCUGCUAGGAUUUGGAAUAACAAUCAGGUUCACAAGCUUUCAUUAUUCAAGGCUACGAUAGUUGUGUAAGUUGAUUUUUAAUUUUGUCUGAUUACAGUAUUUUUUGGCAGCAAGGAGGGAAUAAGAAUGGACAAUAUCAGGAAGAAAAGAUAAUUUGAUCCAUCCUCAUAUCAUGGUUGUCUUUCUAUAGUUUGCCCUGCAGUUCGUUUUUAUGAGUGAAUAAAUUCGUCAAAGAAAGAUUUUUCCCGCCGGCAAAUCACUCUCGAAUAAUCUUAAUAACUUGCAAUCUACUACAAAGUAGGCGCGUACGCUUUAGGAUCUCUAUGAUGUAUUAAAAAUCUUGCAAAGCGACUCGUGUCGAAUGUGUACAUAGUGCUUAUCACUUUUCAAGUUCGAACGCGCUGAUUUGCAUUUAUGAACACUUUAAACCUUCAAAUAGGGAUUGAGACGUCCUGGAAAAAUGUAACUUCAAAGAAGGAUUCUGAUCUCGCGGUGAGGGAAAAACGAGGUCAAUCACAGAUAUUUUUUUGGGUAAAUCAAUUUUCUCCGGUUUUCUAUGAUAUCAAUCACCUGAAGUAAAGUGGAUGUGACCGGAUAAGCGCGUCGAUUUCAUAUACAUUUCAACUUGACAAGCCGGUUACUAAUAUCAAACAGCUCAAAUUUAUUUCGCUGGGUCAGGUGCAAUAUUAAAAAUACAGAAAGUCAGGGAUUGUUUCAUAUUCUGUCCGAGAUAUUUUUUCAGCAAGUGACUAUUCUUGGCCCUUAAGUACUUUGCAAAUUUUGAAUUUUUAUUUCCCCCACAACAAGGCCACUUGAGAUUUGUAGCCUAAAAAUUUUGUAUCUAGGCUGUCAAGCAACAUGAUGGUUUAGAACUGAUCAUAGAGGGUCUUCUGUUAGCCAAGAAAAUUUAGUUGCGUAGCUCAAAUUUAACUUUACGAAUCGUUCGAGGUUGUCGCUAUGAAAAGCUGCGAAAUUUGUAUUUUUAAAAAUGUGAUAAGAAUUCCUACUUCCUCAGUUUUCCUAGUGAGCAUCUACCUUUUUUUUUUUUACCAAUGUCUUUCCAGUGUUUUAUCUAUAUUUUGUCUCAGUAGACGUAAUUAUCCGUAAGACCCCACUAAUCCUGUAAUGAAAAAAAAUCAUCACCCGCUUAGAAUAUCAGUAUGGUUUUAUACUAAAUACGCUUUAUUUUCUAGCGGGAUCACAUCUUGAAAAAUAGCUUUUAUUGAUUAUAUUAAACCUGUGUCUCUUUAGAAAGUCUUUUGAGCUGCACCUUUGUUUGUUGUCUCAUUGAAAGUUUUGCCUAUUAGUUUCAUCACGAUUUUGAAAUCAAAGUUUCUUGUGGGUCUGUAAUGUAUUGAUUAUUAUUUUCGACAAACGGGGGAUAAAUUGUUUGGUGUAAAAUUAAUAGAUUUCCUAACCGUUUUAUUAAAACAGGUUCAAAAAUUGAAAAGAUCACUGGUGGGGUUAGAUUUAUUGUUUGGCGGUGAUGAACCUCAGAAGUUACAUGUAUUGAUUAUUUUAUUUUUGCUCGAUUUGAGGGAAAUAAGAAAAUCCACAAACAGCUGCUGAACCGCCUUGAAGACGAUCUCAUAGUCUAACCUUUCCUGCGUUUGACUUGUAAUAAUUCCAUGUUAUCCGCAAGCUUGAGGGCAGACAUUUCGUCAAAGGUUAGGAAUUUAAGCCUAGUUUUACUCAAGAACUCAGGAAUAUGCGGGCGCUCUUUGAAGUUGUACCCUAACAAGCGACGCGGUUUCCCGAAACAUUCUACUCAUGCUAUGCAAUUUCCUUUCAUCCGGCGGGCUUCGAUGUUUUAAAUUUGACGCUUUUUAUCGAUUCUACGCCUGCAACUUGUUAGACAAUUGUUAGCAUUGCGUGCUUGUGUCCACCCACCCGGCUACACUCUCUCAUCGAGUAGUCUAGCAUUGACUUGUUCACAAUUCCCUUCACAAAGAAGAGCGAUUAACUAUCUCAGUGUAUUGUAGAAAUUAUAUGAAAUGCAGACCUGGAUGGACGUCAUCAUUCAUAAAUGCUUUUUCAUGGCUUGGUUCAGACAAUACUACAAUUCAAUGUAAACUUUAAAAGUCGUGAGGUCUCUUGUAAAUGAAAAAACAAUGACGAAUGAACAGCAGAAUGAAAAAGUCAGCAUCGUAUGCACCGACUCUAUCGACAGAGAUUUUUUCGACUUGUGAUCAACUAUCCCGACAAUUAGAGAAAAUGGCGAAAAGUGAGUUUCAUAACAUCAUUACUGGUAUAAACAACUUAAUCCUGUUUGUAGUAAUUUAUUGUUUUCAAUUCAAGAAAUUCUCUGGUCUGAUAUAAGACAACUUUUAUUUUCGGGAGCAGAUGUCGUGCAGCACAGUGUACAAAACGUUCGCUAUCCGCACCUGAGGGUCAUUUGGUCAAAAAAUUACCAAGAUCUUCCUCUAAGAUGCUACAGCGGGAAUUUUCAAUAAAAACUGAUUCUUUCGGGUACUGCUGUUACAAUAGAACGCUAGAAAAAGAUACCAACGUGGUCAUUUCACUCAGUACGCUCAUCCAGAACAGAAUAUUGAAACUCAUCAGAAAAGAAAGUUAUCGAUCAACCAGAUUUAUACAGCCCAUUCUAUUUUCAGCAAAGCUAAUUAGUUAAAGUCGUUCCUACUUAUUUUGACACUCGUUUUUAAAUAUUGUUUACUGCCCAGAAAUCGCGACAAUCCACAUUUGGCGCGGAGCUCGUUAGUAAAAGUGAACAGAAAAAGUGGUUCGAACACAACCUAGGAAAUAGACGAAGAUAGCGGCUUUUGAAAAUGUUUUGCUACUCGCGGCAUCUAAAUACCUGUCAAACGUGGGUCAACUGUCACAGCGGUGAACAUAGAUUUUAGAUUGGACCACUCUAGAAACGGUUAUUUUCUUUCAAUUAGUUGGCAGUCAAUACUCGUCUUUUGUUGGAAGCUUUUGUGUACUCCUCCCUAACCCUGUUUAUCCCGAGGCAUUACAAUCACCCAAGGGAUUUCUGUUGCUAUUCCGUCGGAUGGGUCUGUUAUUUUACCAGCAUUCAAAACACUUUGUCCAGAUUUGGGCUUUUUGUUUACAUAGACCAUUACAAUAAACAGUCAGAGAUUAAACCGAGCCGCUCAAUCGAUCAGAAAAAAUGCUAUUGUGAAGUCCAUCCAGCCAUAAAGCGCGGAUUUUUGUGCCAGUUUGCUACCGAUACCGACAAAACGUCAGAGAAAAUGUCUUGAAGUGCAUUUGAUGACAAAAGAACGACAUUAGUGAAAACUGCUUUUCAAACCUUUGUCGGAAGCUCCGUUGGAGCAGCUGGUACAAGAAAAUCCGAAUAAUCAGCUUUAAGUGAACGUGAUUGUUAUCCAGUAAUCACAAAGAGAAAUUUGCAUAGAACCUGUACAUGUUCUAUUGUGUCAAUAAACAGUCAGGAAUAGACUUUGACGCGCUCUUCUCUGAAAUUCAGUGCCUUCAGGUAUGUUUCUUGUCCAUUUUACACUAACAUCGCUUGGCUUGUUUUGGUUUACCAUUUGUGAGGAUUUAUUUGCUGCGAUACCAAAUUCUGGAGCUCUUAUUUUGGAUGUUGUUUGUCUUAGAUUGUAACGACUGUUAACUAUAAACACGAAGUAAUGGGCAUAGAACGCUGCUAAAAAGUCUCCGAUUUCUCAUUGCUAAGCCGGUGUGAAAAUAUUUUUUUCCACGAACUGGCUUUCAUUGCGAUGAGCAUAAACGGUGAAUUUGUAAAGUACCUGUAUACUAUUAAAAGGAUAAAUUUCUUUUGAUUCCCUACACAAUUGACAGUCAUACAACACCGGUUGGACAAAGGCUAGGUUUGAAAUUCCUUGGGGUGAAAUGAAAGUGAACACAAAUAGUUUGUUUUUCGAAACUCGUCAUUUCUAAACAAAACUGCAAAAUUGAGGUAGUGCACAUUGUGUCCAUAAUUACGUUUUCCUACUAUAGUUUCGUUGCAUUUCGAGGAAUAUUUGCAUCUAGUCUUGAAAUUGCCGUUUGAAGAGGCCCAAUUUGUAAAUUUAUUUUUCCGACAAAUGCACGCUUCUGUAUCACGGUUGGAGGUCUUUACAGCGGGAAAGGUGUAACUCUAUACUCAAAAACCACUUUACAGUGUUGUUUCCAACCUCCAGCUUCAUGUCUGGUUUUCAUGUUAGUUCAUUUGGACAAAAAUUCGAAAACGAUUGGAGGGAGGUGUAAAACUCACGUAGAAAUUUCACGCAAAUUCUCUAUUGACUAAUGCAUGAUCAUUUCAAAUCUUAGUUUGUUAGGGCAAAGGCAGGAAAAGCACUUAACUUCUGAAAGGAAGCACGCAUCCCAUUUCCUCUGACGUGCAGCGGAACAUUACAGAGAAAACUGGCCUCUGCGUGUUUCUCAGCUGAGUUGGAAUCUUAUUUAAAGGGGAACACGUCUUAAAGAAUAUUAAGUUGUGCGGUUCGCCUUGGGUGCAUGAUUCGAUUACUUUGGGUCUUUCUCAGCAAAGUAUGUCUUACAUUGCCAGUGAGUCAGCGUAGUGCUAUACAUCAACUAAUGUUACGUUCCAUGCUUAUCAUCUAGAUCUAAGUCGUGGAAUGUGAUGAAGACUUUUUGAAACCCAACCAGGCAGAGAGGUAUUUUUCACUUCAGAAACGAUGACGGAUAAGAGAAAUUCGUAGAUCCCUCCUGGGAGCAUUUAUCAAAACAUCAACGGAUUAGUGAAGUCAGCGUUGAAACAUUCCAGAAAAAUUUGCAGCAGCUGAUUUUUUACCUGUCAAGACAUUAAAAAGCGCGGUGACUUCGUGAACUGCUUAAAAACUUCAAGACGCAUCCUGAGAGCAUCGUGGAGAAAUCUUAAAAUAGAAAUGGGAGACACAGAUAACAUGACAAUGUCAUCACCGAACCACACAGAGACUCAUCAGCGAUCUAUUCUAGACACUCCUGAGGGUAAAGCACAGCUUUCUAUUUACGUUCUCACAUUUCUGCUGGGUUCUUUUGGGAAUGUCCUCGUAUUACUGGUGGUUCGAAGUAAAAAACAUCGAACCGUCAACGAUCUCUUCAUUGUCAAUCUGGCCAUCUCGGACCUUUUGAUGAUUGGAUUCCUACCAGUUUACUCGGCGAAAAUUCUGGUACAAUUCCACCACAGUACGGCAUUCUGCAAGAGUGUUUUUCCCAUAGCUACAAUGACGUUUUUUGUAAGUAUAUUCACACUGACAUCCAUGGCAAUCCAUCGCUGCUAUGUCAUCACAAACCCGUUUAAGCCCGAAAUGCGAAAAUGGAAGAUCAUGGCUUGGUUGGUUGGCGUGUGGGUUGCGUCCUUUAUAGCUGUUCUUCCUCUCGUGCUGGCCAUAGAGGGAGGAUUACCUGGAACAGCUGAUUGCCCCGAAUCUUGGCAUUCCGAUGCGCUCAGAAAAGCUUACACAGCAUGCUUGUUCGUGCUGCAGUAUUCUCUUCCUUUGGCCGUUAUCACUGCAGCGUAUAUACGGAUAGCAGUGGAUCUGCUCAAAUCAAGUACAGAGAGAUUUGGACCAGGGAAAAGUCUCAAUAAUAAUCGGCGUGAUGGCAAUGCACUGUCGCGUCUCGCAUGCAAAGAAGAUAUCCAGGUAUUAAAAACCGUAGCUGUGAUCGUGUUAGUGUUUGCAAUUUGUUUGUUACCUCUUCAGCUCAGGUGGAUGAUGUUAGACUUUGGUGGGGAAACCCAAAGGCGCAUUGCCGGUCAAGUGUUUGUUAAAUUCGACGUCCUCCUCUCAAUAUUUCAUAGCUGCCUUAAUCCUCUGGUUUAUGGGACCCUUACGAGGCGCUUCAGAAGAGGCUAUAUCAGAUACUUGAUAUGCCUGUGUCCUUGUUUCAAAGAUCGUGUACCCAAUGGAACUGCGAGCACUACGGGGUAUCAUUAUCAGGACUGUAGCUCACCUACCAACCAGAAUGGUUCAGCUUUGGAUCACGCUGAAAGGACACCUCUUGGACGAGAAAGCCCUGAACACGAAACGAAGAGCACUGAAGUGUAACCUGCCUCUUUCAUAUCCAAUCAGAAUAUGAAACUACAAGUGCGGGGCUGGAAAACCUUCUGCUCGAGGGAGCAUUUCUGAAGUCAACCUGUUUGAAAAGGCUUACCAGGGGAGCACUGAACAGAGACUUGCUCUAGUAACAAACUGGCUCAUAACGACUUCUAGCAUAGAUGGCCUUCCUUGUACUACAGUUACAUCUCUCGAACAGUUUACUGCGAUUAUUGCAAUAGUAAGUAAAAUGAACUUACAAAUAGAGAAAAGCAUGCUUUUGUCUCGCAGCAACAUUCACACGGAAGAAGAUACCUCAGGCUAAAUUAUCUUUCUUUUAUUGCUCAGCGCUGAUCUUAAUAGUGAUUCAAUUCUUUAUUUUAGAAGAACUACGUUUUUUCGGUUUAAAAAUACACAGAAAUUUGCAUGUGACGGAAUCACGAUUUCAUCGAAAAAGUUUUUACAUGCGUAUCUUAGAUGUCUUUAAAGAACGAGUUGAACUGGUUUAAAACAUUUAUUGCGUUUUCUUCGGCUUCGUGUCACAUUUAUUACAGGCAUGUCUAGCAAAAAAUAUACCUGAUCUACUGAAUUUGAAGAAUGCCCUUUUUGGUAACGUCAUCUUGUCUUUAUAUUUUAUGGCUAUUUCACCAUGCUUUGAAAAGGCUAUAUAACUUAGGAGUAAAAUUAUUCGCAUCUUGUACUGUUUUCAUUUGUUUUUCAUCGUGUUUCAUGAUGGUUUAUUCUUCAAAUCUUUGACAAUAUUUGUCUGCCAACUAAGGAGAGAAUUCUGAACAUUUUACCGUGGAACACCUCUAAAGCUUAUAAGUAAGUAAUUUGGAAACUUUUUUAUGAGCGAUAUAUGCUCAAGUUAUUGCCAAUAACAUGGAAUAGACGUGUUUGAUUAUAAUUAGAGAGAACUAAUAUUUUUAACAUGAAGGAGUAAUUUAGUCUUAAUUUGAUACCCUAUCUACACCUAUACUGGUCAGCGAGAAGAACAAAGGUCACCUUAUGCAGAAAACAAGAGCACUUUCCUUUACAACUCGCUGACACUGCAGUUUUAUAUUUUAGUGUGUAAAAUGGCAUUUACCUUAAUUGAAAAAUUAUAUUUUAAAACUGAGUUUGCUCAUGAGCAAACAGUCGGAUUAGCCGCGACAUUUUGUAAUAAAUUUCUUGUAUACACGG